GCGAUAGGGGGAAUUGCGAGAGAAGCAACGAGGCGGGGGGAGCGGCGCCCGGGUGCGAGAUAAGAACGGGAACGUCUUCUCUUACCUACUCCCUCCUCCCUUUCCGCCCAGGCACUUGAUGUAUAGGCAGGAACCAUUUUGUGUACUGCUCGUCUUCUGCAAGGAAGCGCUCAGCGAGUGCAGAAGGCUGUUGCAGAGCGGGGACUUCAGUGAGCAGUGGAAGACUUUUGGGAGGAUGACUCAGCAGGGAGCUGUUCUUCAGGGUUACAAUAAUGAGCUAGUGAAAUGCAUUGAAGACCUGUGUAUGCAAAAAGAAGAACUGAACAAACAAAUCCAGCAAGCGGAAGAGGAAAAAAAUAAACUCCAGCAUGAAAUCCAGAUCCUGAGUGAACAACUGGAGUGUGUAUGUGAAAACCUGGCCCAAAAGGUAGCUUCACGGAAUGAGCUUGAUGCAAUUCUUGCUGAAACUGAAGCUGCUUACAUGAAGAUUUUGGAUAGUUCUAGAACUUUACUCAAUGUCCUGAAGAAAGAGGUGGGAAGCUUAAAGCAUACACCGGAACUGAAAACCAAUGUAACAUGAAACAGUCAAAAGUUUGGACUCCACAGUGCUAAAAUUCUACUAGUCAAAUCUUCAUUCUAUACGAAGGAACUAAAUUGAAAGAAGCACAGUUAACCUCCUUCCUUGAUAACUGUGUCUCUCAGGUGCAAGUACAAGGGGUAUGUAGAUACGAAUAGUUUCAGUAAUAGCUUUUCACCAACAGUAUGGAGCAAAUUUUGUGUUCUUCCAGUUGCACGCUACAUCAGGGAUUAGUGUGAAUGAGCUAAUCGGCAAUUUACUUGUAUGGUAUUUCUGCUGGCUUUCCUUGAGUAAUGCUGAGGUGAUAAAUAAUCUCAGAGGUUCUGCUCUUGUUGUAGCACUACAGUAUUCAGGACUACCUUGUCUAUAUUGAAAUGAAACACAAAAAUGUUGAUAUUUUUUAGUAGCAAAGAAGUGAUUUAUUGGACUGGAUGUUUCUUGACAUACUCAUCUCUUAGCCUCAUAGUAGUAACUAAUUUGCAUCAAAAAAGGAAGACUCAGGAAAAGGCAUUAACUAAAGAGCAAGGAUUUUUUUUUUUUGUUUUGUUUUUAAAGAAUCACGUAUAUAUAAACUGCUGCUUCUUAUUAUCUGGAAGGGAACUUGAAAUUGUCUAUGUGGAAAAAAGAUGUAGGAAGCUCAUUUAGAAGACUCAUUUAUACAGAACAGCACAGUUAAUGUCUUAUUAAUCUCAGACAAUAAUUACAGGUUUGUUUGCCUUAGAAUAUUUGUAGAUUAUGGAAAAUGCCGCUUCUUGUUGACUUAGGCUGUUAAAAGUAGAGCUUUAAGAGAAGCCUUGUAAGUUUUUAAGGAAAUCUACUUUGUGACCAUUAUUACAUCUAAGUGUAGCUGGUACAGUGUUAAAACUGAAGUACUGGAGAUAGGCUGUUUUGGGUUUUUUUUUAUGUUACGAAACUAAGGGACAAAAAUGUAACUGUUAGCUUUACACACACCAGGGCCUUCCAACUUUCAAAGAAAAAGUUGGAAAGCUGUUAGAAUUCCAUUUAGUGAUGCUAAUUUGUAAAAUUUCUGUUUAAAUUGAGGUUCAUAAGUGGAGAGCAGAAAUAUCGUGUAUCUGGGGUUGGCCUAUUUGUAGAACUCCCAAGUGUGGCAGCCAUUGUGCGCUAAGUGCACCUGCAGAGUUGUUACUCAAAAAUAGUUCUUAUCAUUAUGUUUUGUAUUAACCUGAAUGAACUUCCUGUGUCUUUUUAUUGAGGUGGUAAACCUUUUUCAGGUAGUCUAAGUCUUGUCAUAAAUAGCUUUUCUUAAGCAGCUUCAGUUUGUUUAGAAUAGAACACAUGCAAACUAAAUUAGUACACAAUAUUGUUAGAACAGAAAUGAUAAUUUACAGAUUACAGCAGCUCCGUAGGGCUAGCCUGCAAAGGAAAGUUUGCCUGAAAUAAGUCGUAUGAUAAAGUAUCAUACUUACUCCUGACUUAUUUUUUUAUAUUGAUUUUAUAUGGCAUUCUAUGUUAGAUCAAUAAAUUUAUUUGGGUGCUUGAACUCUAGGAGCCUUAAUGACAGAAGUUCAGGUUACCUAACUGUAGUGGCUGAUCUAAAGUGCUGUGCUGGGUGUCUUGUAGCUUGUCUGGUAUGUGAGGAGACAGUUCUUGAGAAACUCUGACCUGUGCUUGAUUGAAAGCUCUAGUGAAAUGUAUCUAGAGCACUGGAUUCAAUUUCCUGAAUUUGUAUAGUGAUUCCUUCACCUUGUUUCCAAAUAACAACACAUAACUGGAGGAGAGAUGGUCAUUACUAGCUUUUAUAGCAAUACUUGUUAAUAUGUAUGUACCUAGCAUGUACAACUCUGGUGGUCAACAGAUUUUUCAAAACAUCCAAGUGUUGACCCCUGCCAAAUAAACUAAGUUUGUUAUGUA